GUUGAGCUGUCCCAAGGCCUGCCACCAAAUCGGCUGAAAAUCCGACUUGAUCGAUAUCAACCGAAGGACACAGACAGGCAGUACUACAACUGGUUCAAUGGCGGUGUUGAGCAAAAGUACCAUACACCUGCAUACGGGAUUGAAAAUCUGAAUGUUGCCCUCCAAGGGAUCGAGGGCUUCAUGCGGGAUAACUCAGAGACGUAUGUUGAGGCAUACCUGAAGGACGCAACUGAGAUUACGCGAAAGACAUUUCGGACUGCUCAGCAGAACAAGGUUGGUGUCCGGUCUCAUCGGCAUCUCCCCCUCGUCGAAGAAGCAUUGAAGCUCUGGGUCGGCUGCCGCUUCAUCGAAGAGCCUUGGAGCAUCAUCGGCUCCGAAACCCUCGACCAAUCCACCGACCCCAACCCCGCCUCCCCCUAUCACACCAAGAUCCCCAUCCCGCCCAUCGUCGACCUGCAGAUUGACCUCAUCGUCAUCAACGAGAUCCUGCAGCCGAAACUCAAGAGGAUCCUCAAUAUGCUGAAGGCGAUGCUCGAAUCGAGCGAUCCGUGGAAUAAUUGGUUUGAGAUAUACUUGGCGUAUUUUAUUCUGCUGCAUAAUGUUGAGUUGACGAUGGCGCAUGAUGCGUGGUUUGUGAAGCGGAAUAAUCUCAAGCGCAAGUACUCCAACAAAAACCUCGUCGAUACAAUCAUGGGGGGUGCCACCACCUUGCUCACCUGCUUCCACUACGCGCACCAGGGCUACGCCCCUUUCUCUCAGCCCGAGCUAGAGGCA